CCCCUCUCUUCUCUUUCGUUUCGUCUUCGUUGUUUCUCUCUCUCAUUUCUCAGCCAUCACAGCCUCGUCUCAAUUUCUAUCUUCCUUUGCGCCGCUCCAUCUAAUCACAGAUCGCAAAAAUCAAAAUCAGGUACUGCAGGGUUGUGAAAGCUAGAUACUAAUUAGAUCGCUGAUUCGAAGAAAGAGAAACAAACCAUAGUACUAGUACUCUUUUUUAUUAGAGAUUUCAUCUAAUAUAAUAUGGUUUCACGAUUUAAUUAAUCGCAGAAGCUGCCUUGGUGUGUGAGGGACGAGAGAAAGAGAAAAGGAGAGAGAUCGGAAAAGAUGUCAUCAUCAUCGAAUUCGCCGUGCGCGGCGUGCAAGUUUCUGAGGCGAAAGUGCACACAGGAGUGCGUGUUCGCGCCGUACUUUCCGCCGGACAAUCCUCAGAGGUUCGCUUACGUACACAAGGUUUUCGGCGCCAGCAACGUGGCGAAGCUGCUCAACGAGCUCAGUGCGGCGCAGCGAGACGACGCCGUUAAGUCCCUCGCGUACGAGGCCGAGGCUCGUCUCCGGGACCCCGUCUACGGCUGCGUGGGCCUCAUCUCCGUCCUCCAGCACAAGCUCCGGCAGAUCCAGGUCGAACUCAGCAAUGCAAAGAAAGAACUCGCAAAUUAUAUUGGUCCCCAAGCACUACAAGGAAUUCCCGCUCCCAUGCUCCAACAACACCCUAACAACCCUUUUCCCGGUGCCAUGUAUGGGAACAUGCCGACUGCGACGGCCUCCGUUCACGGCGGGCAGUUGGUGAUUCGCGACGCGCAGCCGGUGCCUCACCACCACCACCAUCACCAGCAGCAGAUCUUGGAGGCGCAACAGUUGGCUGCUGCUGUGGCGGCGAGGGAACAGCAAGAGAUGUUCAGAAGUUAUGAACACCAACAGCAGCAGGAGUUUCUACGGUUCAGUGGUGGUGGGUUCGAUAUGGGUUCGGCUUCUUCUGCUGGUGGGUUCAGCCAGGUGUCCCCAGCUGCUGGUUCUGCUGAUCAGUUGUCUCCUUCUUUGGCUUUGGGAUCAUUCGAUAACGCUUACCACAUGCAACAGCAACCACAGCAAGGGGAACCUCACCACCAUCAUCAUCCUCAUCACAUUCCUCUUGCGGCUCAGCUACUUCUCCCUCCGCAGCAGAAGCAACAAACCCAUCAUGAGUCACAACUUCCCCUUCACCGGCAACAUUCUGAGAGCGAGGAGUGUAGGAGUGUUGGUCCAUCUUGUUGAUUUUCCAAUUUUGCAGCUCUGCGCCUUUUGUGUUUUUGAGUCCAACAAUUUUCACCCUAGUUCUUACCUGCCGGAUACAAACGGAUAACAAAGAGAGAGAGAGAGACAGAGGGGUCAAUGAAGCGCACGUGCGAGAGCUAGAUUCAUUAAUCCGCUUCGGUUUGCUUGGCUUUGAAAGGAGACAACCAAGCUAGCUAGAGACAAUUGCAAAAGUAAGAUCUUCACCGAUCUUGAAGAUCUGCUGUUCCUUUUUGUUUCCUCUUAAACAAAAUUAAAAGCAGUAGCUACAUUUUACCUAUUUUCUUUUCGUCAAAAACUAAAUUGUAAAUCAGAAUUCAGAAUGCUUUUAAAACCCUUAAAUCUGUCGUGUUUGUCAAUUCAUCCGUGUUUAGAUUAGUAUAUGUGAUUUACAUUUGAUCAAAAUUUUACAUCACGGUACACCAAUAUAGCAA